GAGAUGAACCUUCACGGAGUGGCGGAGUGAAUUUCUCUUUAGGAAUAGGAACAAUAUUCCCCCUAAAUUAUUGUUAAUAAUACUAGCUUCAUGUUUUUUAGUUAUCGUUAUUUAAUAAUUGUAUUCAAUACAUUUUUUUCCUGUGAUUUGUUAUGCUACUAGCUUGUUUUUUAAAUAUGUUUUUAAUUCUGCGGAGGUGUCGCCGGGAGUGAGUUUGGCAAAAUGCGCCGCUGGGAGACGAUUUCCCCCCGAAAGGCUUAUGGAAUAUAGCCUGCUUUGUCACAGUCUGUAUGCCUUGUGGUCCAGCCCAGUGAAAAAGAAACUUGUAGUGCUCGGCAUCAUGUUUUUAGUCUGGGUCUACAUGCUGUACUCGUGCGUGGGCCACUGCUCCACCAUGCCAAGUGUCUUGGUGGGCAAGGAGACCGGCACGGCGGUGGGCAGGAGGACCGAGAGCGGCGGCGCGGACCUCGUCUCCCGCCUGCUCGCUAAACCGCAGCCGUGGGAGGAUGUGGAGAGCGACUACGAGGAGCCGUCCGUGAGGACCGCCGCGUCCCGGGACCUGCUCAACAACGAGGCGGACCGGCUGGAGGACUGGGAGGAGGAGAUGCGCGCCGGGGAGCAGAGAGCCCCGGACCCCAGCGCCCUGUCCAGCUUUUCCAACGGCUCCGGGAGCAAGAAGCUGCCGCAGGCGAUCAUCAUCGGGGUGAAGAAGGGAGGCACUCGGGCUCUGCUGGAGUUCCUGCGGGUUCAUCCCGACAUCAGGGCCGUGGGAGCGGAGCCGCACUUUUUCGACCGCAACUACGACAACGGACUGGAGUGGUACAGGGAGCUGAUGCCGAAGACCCUGGAGGGCCAGAUCACCAUGGAGAAAACCCCCAGCUACUUUGUGACCAGAGAGGCUCCAGCACGGAUAUCAGCCAUGUCCAGGGACACCAAGUUAAUCGUGGUAGUGCGGGACCCCGUCACUAGGGCUAUCUCUGACUACACACAGACAUUGUCUAAGAAGCCUGACAUUCCCUCUUUUGAGAGCCUCACCUUCAAAAACAGGACUACAGGGCUCAUUGACACUUCCUGGAGCGCCAUCCAGAUCGGUAUCUACGCCAAGCACCUGGACAACUGGCUGCAGUAUUUCCCCAUGGAGCAGAUCCUGUUUGUCAGCGGCGAGCGUUUGAUCAGUGACCCGGCUGGAGAGCUGGGUCGCGUUCAGGACUUCUUAGGCCUCAAGAGGAUCAUCACAGACAAACACUUCUACUUCAACCAGACCAAGGGUUUCCCGUGCCUCAAGAAAGCAGAAGGCAGCAGCAAGCCACACUGCUUGGGGAAGACCAAAGGACGGACUCAUCCGAACAUUGAUCCGGAGGUGGUACAGAGGCUGCGGGACUUCUACAGACCCUUCAAUAUGAAGUUCUAUCAGAUGACGGGACAUCAUUUUGGCUGGGAUUGACGUAAAAGUCCCAAAACACUUUUUUUGUUAAAGUUGUACAUUUUUUAUUUCUCUGUAAUUCAAACGCAAGACAUGGCGGUAUUGAGAUAUAUGUAAAAUGUACAGAAAUCUAUUUUAUUAUUUAUUUUUAUUUUUAAGCAAUUAAUUCACAGAGCUGCCUAACCAUAUUUGUACAUAACGUUUAACCCACGUUUUUUUUUUCUUUUUAACAUUCCUCAUCUUGAUUCAGAUAAUCAACAACAGCUGAAGUCAAAGCUGAGCUGGAAAAAGAAAAGCACUAAAAUGAGUGCUUCCAGAGAAGUGUAGAGCAUCAACCCAUCCUCAUUUACAUAGGCAUCAUAGCUGCUGCCAUUCUUUUGUGAAAUUCUCUGUUAGAAUCCAGCUUUAAAUCCCUUUCAUCAGCCCAAGAAGCAGUUCUAAUGUCCCAUUUCACUCAAUUAAGGCUUGAUCAAUAGACCUAAUUGAUACUCAUUGUGUCACUCAUGCUUAAAGUAUACAGCUGCCCUUUUCCCUCUCAGUGCUCCUGCUGCCUGUUUUAAUGAAUGAAGCAUCCAUCAAACAUUAAAUCCCAUCUCGGACCACAUAAGAGCACAUGUUAACAUUAUGCUAAUCGGUGAAAGGUAACUGGCAGAUCGAUCAGGCCCCUUCAUUCAGAAGCGGCGCUGGCUUUGAGCCAGGCUCAUGCCCUGUUCUCUCUGCUCAAAGGUCGUGCAAAGUCUCAAUCAAGUUUCCUUCAGAGGCCUUUGAUUUGUUGAGAGCAGAUAGCUGGAGCUCAACAACAGUGUGUGCCUUGUUUCACACUGAAGCGACGUUCACGCUGCCCUCCGCAACAUGCGUUCAACCGUCCACUUUCAAUAAAAAAGUCUAUGUGAAUGCGUGUUUUGCGCUUCGGUGUUCAAAACUCUUUUUUUCGGGCUCUAUAUACAAAACAUGCAGCUAUUGAACACACAAUGAAAGUCAAACCAGGUUGAAUUUUGACCAAUCAGGGUAGUAACUGGUAGUAACGUAUGGAUGGUGUCCCUUUUAAUUAACAAAAGUGCCAACGAUUUAAAAAGUGAUUAUGGAGGAGAAAUUAAUAAUUGUGGUUGGUGCCCAGACAAAAUUAUAUAACGCUAAAUCUGUCAUACAUCUGGAGCAAGAUUCACAACACGCUUUGACAUUUUACGUCAAGCUUUUUCCAACUGUAGGUGGCUAACAUUUGAUAGUAAACAUUAGCAAAAGAUCAAGAAGAAGAAACCACUCCCUACUUGUCCAGUUUGAACACCAUUUGCUAAACACACUUUUAAGAAUACACGUCACAUGCCCAGUGUGAAGGUAGCUUAAAAUGGAAAUCUUUUGUUGGAAGCAGACAUGGCGUAUCGACCCCAAAAAUGUUUUGAAGUUGAGUCAAUUUAAGGGCUUCAAGGAAUAAGAUUUUCAAGUCCAGUAGCGCCGACUUCACUUCAACAAAAGGUCACCUAGAUGAAUGAGAACCUUCACGGGUCCCAAGAAUGUGCAUAAAGUUGCAACGAGGUUUCCCCUCAGUGAAAUGCAGCCGCCCAGACCUGACAUAUGUUCUGAAGAAGUCAAUGAGACAAUAAAAGAUGUUUUAAAUGCUCAGAUCGCAGCAUGAAUAGCCUCAGGCAGGAUUUAGCUGUCUGUCCUCUGGUGUCAUCAGAAAACUUCAUGAGUCCUCAUCCAUGGCUUUUAUCGUGUAUGCCUUAUUCAUCCUCAUCACAUUCACACUUUCUACUACAGAUUUCAAAUCCCUGCUUGUUGCCAAAAAGAAAUUAACUUUAAGGUGUUUCAUGUUUUAAAAGAUUGAUCUCCAUACUUUUCCUUUUUCCUGCAACCUGAAUUUAUUAUUUAGUCUCUCGUAUUUGUACUUGAAUUCUUGAUAUGCAGGAGAGACAUAUGCGACCAUCGCGCUUUGACGUUAAUGCUCUACAGCGAGCAGAAACCAACUAACAAAAGCACGGAGCGGCGUUCUCCACAAAGUUCUGUGCGACACUGUGCUAUGCAUGACUGGCGUUGUGGCCAUUACAUAAAUGCAGGCAUAAUGGCAAGGGAUUAUCAACAUCCAGAGAAGGGUUUUAUGUGUUGACGCAGAGCCCAGACUGAAUGUAAAUGAAGCUCACAGAGGGUGAUCUAUAAAACUGUGACGAGUUUCCUAAAGUAAAAAAAAAAAAAAAUGCUGUGCCUCUUUACCAGUUCAAAAUAAUUAGCCAGUUCGAGUUAUAAAAGAUAGAUAAAGAGCAAUCCUAUUUUUCUUGCUUUCAAGUUGAAAUGAACUGCCUGAUUAAACUUCAAUUUAACAGUUGUCAGCAGGGAGAUGGAGGCAGUUAAACUUUUCUUUUAAUGUGUGAUUCUUUGCUGAGAUUUCUGGAAAGAAAAAGCCUUUAUCUCCCUGCCUGUCUCUUUUGUGCAAUGCUUGAUUAGAAAUGGCAUUUAUUGGUGACCUCUUUUAUCAAGUUUUUACAUUCUAAAGGAGUAGAUUCUUUUUUCCGACUUAUGGGAGUACUGCAUAUGAAUUCUGGUCAUAUUUUCAAGGGGAUUAUCAAGAAUACAUAAGAAAAUGGUUGCACACAUGGAUCCAUUCUAUGAUGCUGCUCUGGCUAUGGUUGAGUUUUAGUCAACCUGUACUGAGAACUAGUAUGCUUGUCUUGUUCACAAAUGACGUAUACAAGCCGAUCUGUAUAUACAAAACUGGGAAAGAUAUGUAAAUCAAUUAUUUUGUGGUAUUUACAUCAAAGUAAUUAAUUUUCACUGUUCAAGAGCAAAAGGGUACAGAUGUUUCUGGAUGAAUAAAUAUUGAGCAUUCAUAAUAUUUCUUUGUAAGAGGAAACAAAUAAAUACAUAUAUAUUUUACCAAUA